AUGGCGUCUGGCGUGCGAACAAAGAAGGGGAGGGCCCCCUCACGUCACAAUAAGUGCAUUCCACUCAACAUAUCCACACUAACGUGUGAAAGGGAACCGAAACCGUCUGCCAUUCUGACACUUCCAUCCUCGCAAUCGAAUAUAGACAAGUCUUCAAGCGAACCUGCAGACUUGGAUGACGAGCUCGAGGCUUUUUACAAGUCAAUGCAAAAAAAGCUUUUGCGGCGAACUUCGCUUCAAAAACGGGCAAUUGAACAGCAAAUCAAUGACGCGCUCGCUCAAACAAUUGAAGCCGUCAAUGAGCAUUUACAGGAUUUGGAAAAAUCAAUGUACAGAUCCAUACCUUUCUCAUAG